GCCGCGCGCCCGCAGUCCGAUACGCGCUAUCGAGUGAGUCACACGCUCCUCUAAUGCAAUAGUGGUACUUCCACGCGCUACAGAGAUGGAGGGAACACCUCCCAGCCAGGGCGUGCCUGAGCCCGACGAAGGCAUCGCUACCGACCGCCGUCCAUCCACUGAUGAAAAUGCCGAUCUUUCAGACUCCGCUUCAGAAGCCGGCUCCGGUGGCGGCAAAGAUUCUGGCUGCGAAGUAGCCCCCGAUACACAGGAACCCCCUUACACACCACCCGACGAAGAACUAGCUAACCGUAUUGCCUCCCAAGUGGAAUUUUAUUUUUCGGAUGCCAAUAUUACUAAGGAUGCCUUCUUGUUAAAGCAUGUGCGGCGGAACAAGGAAGGAUACGUAUCCCUAAAGUUGAUAUCGAGCUUCAAACGCGUCAAACAUCUGACAAAGGAUUGGCGAGUGGUUGCUGAAGCUUUAAAGAGGUCAACUAAAUUGGAAAUAAAUGAAGCAGGAACAAAAUUACGCCGGAUCGAUCCUCUUCCGGCGUAUGAUGAGACUACGCCAUCACGGACUGUAGUAGCUGUCAGAAUGCCCAUAGAUCGUCCCACAGUGGAAAAUGUGUCAAGGUUAUUUGCAAGUUGUGGUGAAAUUGCAUUAGUUAGAGUCUUACGUCCCGGAAAUCCAGUGCCAGCUGAUGUUCGACAGUUCCUCAACAAGAAUCCCAGUCUGGUGAAUUGUGUAUGUGCUUUGGUGGAGUUUACUGAGUCUGAAGCAGCUAGAGGCGCGCUUAAACUUCAGAGCUCGGAAGAAGAGGGCAUGAAAGUGUAUGAAUUGAAUGGAGUUCCGCGGGAACCAAAGAGGAAGACCCCGGUGCGUCGACCGGCGCCCAGGCGUCAUGAAUGUGAAUAUUCUUCCUGCUGUAGUGGGUCGGAACCUGAAUUCGAAUAUAGAUACGCUGCACCGUUUUAUAGAAGGAAUUCUAGCGGAUUUUUCACGCCACGAUCCCCAGAAAUUCAGACGUGGGUGCCUCGCCGGCAAUCGACAUGCAGCCACAGUUCUGAUUCGGGAGUAUCUUUCUUCUGUGGUUCGAGACGUGCGUCUCAGGCUAGCACUGGGAGUACGAGCAGCGCUGAAGGGUGGUUGGCUAGAAGGUUAUCAGGAUGCUCGCUGUCAGGAACGGAAUGCGGCGGUGGGAGGAGGCUAUCCUGUACUCCACGAUUUGAGCCCCGCACUCCUGUAGUUCCAGACGGCACGAGAGGAUUCCACGCCGCCACUCGCCAACGUAGAAUCUCGGACCUCGCGUUAUACUCGCGCUAGAAAGCGCCCGCCAACCGUGACACCUUUCUAAUCACGAUGGAUAACUCUACCUUUCACGUUUUGCCCACUAGGCUCAACAGGAAGUUAUUCUCGUUCGCGUGUUAGUUUUAAGUAUAACAUAAAUGUAUUUGUGAAGAGUUACCUACGUCGAUUUUCGACGAUUGUGAUCGAAGCUCAUGUUUAUUUAAGAUUAAUUAUAAUUUUUAAUUUAUUAGUAUUUAUUACCGCGUAUUUAUUGCGGAUAGGACGCGCGCUGUGGACGAGUUUUUCAUCCAUGUAUGUCAGAGUUGUGAGCACAAAAAACCAAAUAAACAAAGUCGACAUCCAAGAGAUGGUAGGCUCUAUUGGGAAUGUAAGAUGCAGGGAAGUAGACCGGCGCAGCAUUUCGUAAACUGUUGCGAGUAAUGAAUGCGCAUUUACAUAAUAUGUUGUAAAGAUAAGCGUUGUGCCGUCUGAAUCGGUUUAUUGGUGGCCACAAAGCGCAAUGAACAACCGUCCAUUAAAAUAAGUCAUUAUUUAAGUCAGUCGCGCCAUCAUGAUACUUUCAUUUAAUAUUUUUUGUAAUGUUAUAAGUUUUGUUGUGAUUUUAUAUGUAGUUAUGUAAUGGUAAGGGAAAGUUGUAACAUUCGAUACGAAUUGCGAGUGAACGUAACGGAUGUUAUACUUUCUGCUAUUUACGCUUUUUUAUUUAUUAUCUUUUUUGAGGAGGGUUUUUUAUGUAAAUUGGCUUUAGCACAAUUUGAUUUCUGGUGCUUCUUGCGUGCAGCCUCCUCUCAACUAUUGUAAAAUAAAUAAGUUUUUUGAGA